UUGAAACUCUGAACUUUAUCAAAAGGAUCUCUUGUGGGAAGGGGAUUUUUCACUAGAAUUGUUGUGAACACUGGCAUCAGUUGUGCGCGUGAGCGCUUGCUUCUCCGAUCGCGCACAUUAAGAGAAGGAUGCAAGUGUUGAAAAUUUCUGGAUGCGAGCCUUGCUCGUCCGACAAUAUCGUAUUUAUCUGGCUAAUUUGACGAUUUCUCGUCCGAGCUUUCUAGUGGGUUUAUAAUGUGUGAGAUUGAGCAUCAGGUGAAGAGUCGGGGAAUCACCGCAGGGAUGAUGCCAAGUUCAGCACACAAGCUCCGACUCUUGUGUUUGCACGGAUUUCGAUCAAGCGGUUGCAUCUUGCGUCAGCAGAUAGAAGAAGCGAAGUGGAUGAAAGAGAUUGGUGAUCUUGUGGAGUUGGUAAAAUCUUCGCCUUUCUUACGGCACAGGCACGUCUCGAACCUGAACCAUUCGUCACGGUGGAAGCAGAUUUUUGUCGACGCACCUUGGCUAGCCACAGGACCAUCACAUCUGGAGAAGGAUUUCAAGCCUCCGUACUAUGAGUGGUAUCAAGCAAACAAGGUGCUUCCUAGUCUCUCUGCAUAGAACCCUUCGAUCCAAACACUGACCUCUUGGGAAUCACAAAUGAAUGUAGUGCGAUGAGUCUGCUCUGUCGAGCACAAGAGAUAACUUCUCCGAAGCAGAGCCUCUGCAGGAGUUUACAGAAGCACGAGGAUUGGAUGUAGCAGUGGAAUACCUAGAAAAAACCAUCGAGGAUCAUGGUCCCAUCGACGGAUUCCUGGCAUUUUCUCAAGUAAUCGCCAGUGACUCCCAUUCCCGACCUUGGCGUAUUUGAACGUCGUGGGUUAAAUUGGUGGUGGCAAACAUGACUUAGAUCACCAUAUUCCUGGAAGUGAAAUCGACCUUACACAUCUGAGGUCUACGUCAUGCAGAAUGCUCAGUUAACGACUCAAGCUUGAGUGUCCACCAGAAACCUAAUUGUUCCAGCGUUUGCCUUGCAGGGAGCGAUUCUGGGCUGCGCAUUGAUAGGGCUUGAAGAAAUGGUACCUCAUUUUGAGGUCACUAAUAAAGCUGAUUCAGUGCAAGAAAGUUCACUUAGAAUCGACGUGCCUUUCUACUUUCAAAUUACCCAAAUUUUCAUCCUAUUCCACAGUUCCAUGAGCUCUGGCAGCAUGCUUUGAACAUGCGACGCUGCUCCUGUUCAGAAACUACCUACAAAGCAGUGUUGGUGUUGCGAGCAAGUUCUUCUGUGUUCAUCUUCUACUUCAAGUCUGUUCUACAGUUGUAUUCGCUGAGUUCAGUUAUUAGGCAUAUGAAAUGUGUAUAAUUUAAUAGCAUAUCAGAAUUGGGUACAAAGAAAACAUGGUGUAUAUGUCAAAGGAGAGAGAGAUAAAGUAUAUCAAUCUCUGUGUGUGUUGACAUAGCCUUCAAUGCCAAA